AGGCGGCCAAUCAGCGGCGGGCGGACAGUUCCGCGGACCUGACGACCUUCAGGACUCCGGGAAUAAAAAUGCCGAUCGGAGACGGAGAAGGUUUGCUGGAGAGGAGCGGCGACACGGACGGGAGGAGCGCCCCCUGUGUCCACUGAUGUGUUCCCCCUGCAGCCAAAGCCCCAGACGCGGAUAUGCCGGGCGGUGUGCGUUGGGUGCCUUCCAGCGAUCCCUCUGACUACCAGUCGCAGAAACAAUGCAAGAGGACGUCGUUUGCCUUCUACCAGGCGGUGCGGGACCUGCUGCCAGUCUGGGUGCUGGAGGACAUACGUCUGAUGGAGGCCCUACACUGGGAGGAGGGUGGCCGUGUCAGCUCCUACACCCCCUCCGAAGCUCUGCUCUAUGCACUGGUCCACGACCACUUGGCCUAUGCCCGUUACCUGCUCAGCCACUUCCCCCAUGAUGCCCUGGCCGUGCCCAGCAAAAGCUUCAGCUGCUGCCAGUCGGCGGCCCCCCACCUCAGCAUGGCCGUACGCUACGACCGGGCGCAGAUCCUGCGCGAGAUCCUGGUCACCCUGCGGACUUUUCCCCCCUCCAACCGGGCUGCCUACCUCAACAGGCACGGGUGCCAGCGGGUGGAGAUGGGCAAGACCCCCGUGCACCUGGCCUGUGAGCUGCAAAGAGCCGAGUGCCUGGCCCUGCUAUUGGGGCACGGCGCCUGCCCCUACGCCGAGGACUGCAGCGGCGACACCCCCUUGGACUACCUGUUGCAGCUCAUCAGCAGCAGCCCGCAGGACAUGCAUCUCAAAAGGCUGUGCCUGGACUCGCUCCUUCUCUACAUGCCCAGGGGGCUACCCCCCAACACCCGCCACAGACUGCAGGAGGACCGCGGUGCCUGGAGGGAGGCGCUGGGCCAGGAGCUGUACGCCUGGUUAACCGGCGCCUCUCCCCCCAACCUCUUCACCAUAUCGAUGCAGAGCCUGCUCCGGGCCCUGCCAGCGGACAGAUUCCCCGAGGCCCUGGAGGAGCUGCCCCUGCCCGAUUUCCUGAGACCCCUGGCCUUAAAAAUGCAAAUCCCAAAAUAGAAACCCUUUGCAGUGGACCCGUGCCUGGACUGCGCAUGCAGCAACCACUUAACGUGGACGGCGCUGACGUUACCCGCGUCGUAUUCUUUUACAUUUGUUAUCUAACACUAAUGACAUACUUUUCCUUUUUAAAGAAAAAGGCAAAGCACCUGUGUGAGAAGCUGCUGAUGGAAGCAGUCGCCCCCCCCCCCCCCCCCGCACUACUAGUCCUUGGGCAGCGACGAUAUGAAACUAUUACAUGGAAUAGCAGCUUCCAUCAGAAGCUUCUGACGCAAGUAUUUUGCUUUGUGAGGUUGCCUUUUAAUCUUCUUUUUUUAUAGAACUACAGGUAUCAGCAUGGCCUCACAUUUUUAUCUUCGUCACGAUUUUAAUGGUGGUAAUAUUGCAUUAGUGCCCAUGCUCCAAAUCUUCCAGCCGUGCUGAGACUUGUAGUUCCACCAACUUCUGAGAAGCCUUGAUAGCUUUGGAGCUUCUGUAGAACUACAAGUGUCAGCAGUCUGUAAGGCUCACCACACACAAUACAAUCUCAUUGUACAAUCUCU